CAAAAUGUGCGACGAGGAAGUUGCUGCGUUGGUAGUAGACAAUGGCUCCGGUAUGUGCAAGGCCGGAUUCGCGGGCGAUGACGCGCCUCGCGCUGUGUUCCCCUCGAUCGUGGGCAGGCCACGCCACCAGGGUGUCAUGGUCGGCAUGGGACAGAAGGACUCGUACGUAGGUGACGAGGCCCAGAGCAAGAGAGGUAUCCUCACCCUCAAGUACCCCAUCGAGCACGGUAUCGUCACCAACUGGGACGAUAUGGAGAAGAUCUGGCACCACACCUUCUACAACGAGCUCCGUGUGGCGCCCGAGGAGCACCCCGUGCUGCUCACGGAGGCCCCCCUCAACCCCAAGGCCAACAGAGAGAAGAUGACACAGAUCAUGUUCGAGACCUUCAACACGCCCGCCAUGUACGUCGCCAUCCAGGCCGUGCUGUCGCUGUACGCGUCCGGUCGUACCACCGGUAUCGUGCUGGACUCCGGUGACGGUGUCUCCCACACGGUGCCCAUCUACGAGGGUUACGCCCUCCCCCACGCCAUCCUGCGUCUGGACUUGGCCGGUCGCGACCUCACAGACUACCUGAUGAAGAUCCUCACCGAGCGUGGCUACUCCUUCACCACCACGGCCGAGCGUGAAAUCGUACGUGACAUCAAGGAGAAGCUCUGCUACGUUGCGCUCGACUUCGAGCAGGAGAUGGCCACCGCUGCCUCCAGCAGCUCCCUAGAGAAGUCAUAUGAACUUCCCGACGGUCAGGUCAUCACCAUCGGAAACGAACGUUUCCGUUGCCCUGAGGCUCUCUUCCAGCCCUCAUUCUUGGGUAUGGAAGCCAACGGCAUCCACGAAACCACUUACAACUCCAUCAUGAAGUGCGACGUCGACAUCCGUAAGGACUUGUACGCCAACACAGUCCUGUCCGGAGGUACCACCAUGUACCCUGGUAUUGCUGACCGUAUGCAGAAGGAGAUCACUGCUCUGGCCCCAUCCACAAUGAAGAUCAAGAUCAUCGCUCCCCCUGAAAGGAAAUACUCCGUAUGGAUCGGUGGAUCUAUCCUGGCUUCCCUCUCGACCUUCCAACAGAUGUGGAUCUCGAAACAGGAGUACGAUGAGUCUGGCCCCUCCAUCGUCCACAGGAAGUGCUUCUAAGCGGCAAGUAAGACU